UGAGAGAGAAAGAAAAGGAGGGAGAAAGAAAAAGAGAGAGAGAGAGAGAGAGAGGGAGAAAUGGAGGGAGGGGGAGGGAAGGACUGAAGGGCCAAGAGAAGGUGAUGUCAGCUGAGUUCAGAAAGUAAACAGAGUUCCAGACUGCAGCAUGCUGUCUGCGGGACGGGGACUGCAGCUGGGGCAAACCCACGGGGGCACCCGCACAAUCCCCUGGACUGGCAUCUGUAUCUCUUGGAAGGAGGGCUGGUUCCUCCUCAUCUCCCUCUUCAUCUCCUUACCUCAAGGGACAGCCUGGCCCUACGAUUACAGGUAUUUGUACAACCACUGCCCGGGCCCAGAGUGGAACGUGAUGUGCAGAGGCUGCUGCGAGUACGACGUGAUCCGCUGUAAAUGUCCCAUUCAGGGGAAGCCGGUGGGCUACGCGGUGCCCUGCUGCCGCAACGCCAUCAACGAGUGUGACCCCUGCAUUAUCCAUCCAGGUUGCAGUAUAUUUGAGAACUGUAAGCGCUGUAACAAUGGGACAUGGGGCCCAAGGGAUGACUUCUUCAUUACUGGCAAAUACUGCGCCGAGUGUCGGCCUGGCUGGUCCGGUGGAGAUUGCAUGAAGUGCGGAGGAGUGAUCCGUAAACGGCAGGGCCACCUGGUGCUCGAGAGCUACCCCAACAAUGCUCGCUGUGAGUGGACCAUCCAGGUGGAUCGUCCCUUUACUAUAGAGCUCAGGUUCAUGAUGGUGAGUCUAGAGUUCGAACAUUCUUGUCGUUAUGACUACGUGGAGGUCCGAGAUGGCGACAGCAUCAACUCGCGUGUUAUCGCUCGAGUCUGUGGAAACAACAGACCGGCCCCGGUGCACAGCUCUGGCAACAGUCUGCACAUCCUCUUUGUGUCUGAUGGCUACAAGAAUUUUGACGGAUUCUUCGCAACUUUCCAGGAGAACUCGGCUUGCAGCUCUUCUCCUUGCCUACAUGAUGGGACUUGUAUCCUGGACACCUCUUACACUUACCACUGUGCCUGUCUGGCUGGCUACACAGGCAGGAGGUGUGAAAAUGUGGUGGGAUGCCACAGGCCUCCAGUGCCCCACCAUGGAUCCACAGAGGGUUUGUUUCAUCACUCGGGGGCACGCAUCGCUUUCAGUUGUGACCGUGGCUUCGAGCUGCGGGGGUUUCGUACCGCCAUCUGCCUGAGUGACGGCACCUGGAGUGCGCCUGCCCCAGAGUGCGCGCCAGUGGAAGGAGUCUGCACUUUACCACCCAAGCCAACCCACGGGGACCACUUCUUGGUUUAUGGACCCAAUGAUGUCCUCAUUGCUCUACAGUACCUGUGCUACCAGCCCUUUGAGCUCAGCGGGAGCUUCCAGAGAGCAUGCCUCCUUAACAACACCUGGAGCGGGACUCCUCCUGUUUGCACCCAAGUGAAUAACACUCUCACUGAGAAAACUGUGUCUGAGGGUGGGAAUGAAGGAGAGCUAGAGGAGAGAAAUACUGGGUCAGAGAAACCUACCGGAGGCAGCAAAGAUAAAGUGGAUAGUGAAGGCCCAGACAACAGCCUGAAUACAGUUGAAAAGAAAGAACCCGAGGUCGGAAAGCCUCCUGAGAGAAAAGAAGGCAGCCCAGACACAAACUUGGAAACAGAUAUCACAGAAAUAGUUGUGAUAAAAGACAAAGGGCAAGAAGAGAAGGAAAGAAAAGAGGAGCAGGUGAACGGAAAAAAAGAUGCAAACAAAGUCGGCCCUAAUGACACCAAGGUGAGGACGGUCAUCAUAGACGAGGGUGAAAACACAGUGGAGAUAUUUGAAGUGGAAAUGACAAAGAACAACACAGUUAUACGGGAUACAAAGGACACACAGAGAGAAAAUAAUACCAUAGGUUCCCCAGACCCAGGGAGGAAAACCCUUCCCAGUAGAGUCAACAUUACACAGUACACCAUGUACAGAGCGGGAGGAGAGGAAAAACCAAAGGAAAAACCAACAACUGAAGAGGACAAGACAGAGAAAGGUUCUGCUGAGAAAACAAAGGAGGAGUUGGAGAGGGAGGAGAAAGAAAAAGAAAAGGAGAAAGAAGUCAACCAAAGCUUCAGCGAGAGAAGCUGCCCUCCUCUCUCUCGCCUCUACCACGGAUACUACGAGCUGCUGCCCGGGGCGCAGCCUCAAACAGUGGAGUUCUUCUGUAACCAAUCAUAUGCUAUCAGUGGUAAUGCCCGACGCACCUGCCAGCCAAAUGGUACCUGGAGUGGCCAGCAACCCCUCUGUGUCAGAGCAUGCCGGGAGCCCAAAGUGUCAGAGCUGGUUAGACAAAGAGUUCUGCCACCGCAAGCAACAUCCAGAAAGACACCUGUGCACAAGCUGUACUCCUCUGGGUUUGGCCGACAGUUCCAGUUUGACGGACCAACUAAAGGUCCCCCAGUGCUUUCCCAGUUGCCCCAGGGCUUCCACCAUCUUUACGCCCAUAUAGAGUACGAAUGUGCCUCUCCCUUCUACCAACACUCUGGCAGUUCUCGCCGCACUUGCUUGAAGACUGGGAAAUGGAGCGGGCGCCAUGUGUCUUGUUCGCCAGUGUGUGGGAAGCAUCCAACCUUUGACACAGAGAGGCCGGCGGAGGCUCACUGGCCUUGGCUGGCAGCCAUCUACCGCCGCUCCACCAACGGAGCCGCGACCAAGGUGACCAAAGUGACCAAGGCAGACAGCCAGGCAGCAGGGCCCCUGAGGGGGGACGUUUUUGCAGCAGAAACUGGCAGCCAUGAUCAGGCUCCUGACUGGCAGCUGGUGUGCAGCGGGGCUCUGGUGAACCAAAAGAGGGUGGUGGUGGCGGCCCACUGUGUGACGGAGCUGGGGAAGGUGUAUCCUCUGGACGCAGCCGAGAUCAAGGUGGUGGUGGGGAAGCAGUACCGUGACGACAGCAGGGAUAGUAAAGGUCUUCAAGACCUGAAGGUGGCCUCCGUUGCUGUUCAUCCAAACUACGACCCCCAUAUUCUCGACUCUGAUAUAGCCGUGGUCAAGCUACUGGACAAAGCGAGGAUCGGGGUGAAGGUCCUGCCCAUCUGCCUCUCACACAGCCAGGGAGAAGAAGAGGUGAUCUCUGGGAAAGGGCUUGUGACAGGCUGGUCUCCGCUGCCCGAUUCAAAUUUAGGUCCCGAUGAGAAGGUGAGGGUUGGGCUCGUUCACCUCGCCGACGUAGUGCCCUGUGAGCAGCAGUAUGCUCGUAACGGUGUGCCAGUCAGCGUCACGGACAAUAUGCUCUGUGCCAGCCAUAAGCCCGACUAUGAGCCCUCUAACAUAUGUCCCUCUGACACGGGGGGAAUCCUCGUCCUCCCUGCCCUCACCGAGAAGCAAGCCAGCGACGACCAGAAGGCCUCUCUCCGCGUAACACAGGCGGAGAGCAAAGGGCUGUGGAGGCUCCUGGGACUGGUGAGCUUUGGCUACGACCAAGGGGAGUGCGAUCCUGACCUCUACACAGUCUACACACGUGUAGCCAACUUCAAAGACUGGAUAGAGAGCAAUAUGAAAUGAAAAAAUCCUGCUGUCUGACUCAACUUGUUCCUUCUAUGCUUCUAAAAUAUUUAAAUGGCUUCACAUCUUACAGUCCUCUUCGUCUGUUUUUCAGUCUAUUUCAUCCUCUCUCAUCUUUUUUUUCUUCAUGAACAAGGGCAUUUUCUCACUCAAAGCAGAAGCACUGGACAACACUGGACAACACAGUGCUCUAACUGAAGGGGGUGCUAACACAUUAGAUGUGCUGGGCAUCAUCAGAAAAACUUCAGUGUUCAGGUUUCCUCCGCCUGAGGUUACAGACUUGAAAAUGACCAGAAAACCAUUUCACGCCUCUGGCUGACGAUGGUUUGUAUUGUACUCAUUGGUAUGUAUAUAUAUGUUGUAAUGUACUGAAUUAUUCUAUCAAUUCAUAUGACGCAAAGAGAUGUACAUAUUGUAUUGAAAGACAUUUUUAAUUAAAGAAAAUGUGGGGGCGUGGUAAA